AUGAUGGGGAGCCCGCGAAGGAUAACGGGCGCCACCAUCCUGUUCGCCAUUGUGCUGAGUAGUUUCAUCGGUAGCGCUUUCGGUUUCCUGUCGUGCUCGCCGUCACCGUGCAAACAUGGCGGCACGUGCGUUAGCCGCCCGAACGGUGCAUCCUACUGCAACUGUACGUCACGCUACACUGGAGAUUUCUGCGACUUUCCGAAUCCGUGCCACACGGCGGCCGGUCCCCGCUGCCAGAAUGGUGGCAACUGCGAGACGACCUUCCGCGACGGCAUACCAUCGUUUUCGUGCCGUUGUCCGAUCGGCUACACCGCGAGCCUGUGCGAGAUCCCGGUGAAGAAUGCGUGCGAUUCGUCACCGUGCAACAACGGUGGCAACUGCAAGCUAAAGACGCUGGACGAUUACACCUGCAUCUGUGCGACUGGCUACUCGGGCAAACACUGUGACAAGCAGAAUCUGUGCGCUUCUUCACCGUGUCGGAACGGUGGCACCUGUACGCUUUCCCCGAACGGCCACGUGAAAUGUAUCUGUCCGAAAGGCUUCCGCGGGAUGUUCUGUGCGGACGAUAUCGACGAGUGUCUGAAGAAUCCGUGCGAAAAUAAUGGCAAGUGCGUCAACACGCACGGUUCUUAUCAAUGCAUGUGCGAACCGGGCUACACUGGGAAGAAUUGCGAGUCGGGCUACAUCCCAUGCUCACCGUCACCCUGCCAGAAUGGUGGCACCUGCAAGCAAUCGACCAAGUACUCCUACGAAUGCAAAUGUCCUCCGGGCUUUCAAGGGAAGAACUGUGAGGAGAACACGGACGACUGCCCGGGCAAUCUGUGCCAGAACGGAGGCACUUGCGUGGACGGCAUCAACGCCUACCACUGCAGCUGCCCGUCCAGCUUUACCGGCGAGUUCUGCGAAAACGACGUGGACGAGUGUGCAUUGCGGCCUUCGAUCUGUCAGAAUGGCGCGACCUGUACGAACACGCACGGCAGCUACAACUGCAUCUGCGUGAACGGUUGGAAUGGGCCGGACUGCAGCAACAACAUUGACGAUUGCGUGGAUGCGGCCUGCUUCAACGGUGCAACCUGUAUCGACGGUGUCGGCAGCUUCUACUGUCGCUGCACGCCGGGCAAGACCGGGCUGCUGUGCCAUCUGGAUGACGCCUGCACAUCAAACCCGUGCCAUGCGGACGCGAUCUGUGACACCAGCCCGAUCAACGGCUCAUUCACGUGCUCGUGUGCGGUAGGGUACAAGGGUACCGACUGUUCGGAAGAUAUUGACGAAUGUGAUCAGGGAUCACCCUGUGAGCAUAAUGGUAUCUGCGUCAACACGCCCGGUUCCUUCGCCUGCAACUGCUCGCAAGGAUUCACCGGACCACGGUGCGAGACGAACGUCAACGAGUGCGAAUCCCACCCGUGCCAGAAUCAGGGCAGCUGUCUGGACGACCCUGGUACCUUCCGUUGCGUGUGCAUGCCAGGAUAUACUGGUACGCAGUGCGAGAUCGACAUCGACGAGUGCGCAACGAACCCGUGCUUGAAUGGUGGCAUCUGCCGUGAUAUGGUCAACUCGUUCAAAUGUACGUGUGCUAUCGGUUUCUCGGGUUUGCGGUGCCAGAUCAACAUAGACGACUGUAUGUCGCAACCGUGCCGGAACGGUGGCAUCUGUCACGAUUCGAUCGCCGGCUACUCGUGCGAAUGUCAGCCCGGCUACACGGGACUCUCGUGCGAAACGAACAUCAACGACUGCCAGUCGAAUCCGUGCCAUCGAGGCGCCUGCAUUGACGGUGACAACUCGUUCACGUGCCUGUGCAAUCCAGGCUAUACCGGAUAUCUGUGCCAGAUACAGAUCAAUGAGUGUGAAUCGAACCCGUGCCUGUUCGGCGGUCACUGUGAGGAUCUGGUCGGUGGUUAUAUGUGCCGGUGCCAGCCAGGAACGUCCGGGCCAAACUGCGAGGUAAACGUGAACGAGUGCCACAGCAAUCCGUGCCGGAAUGGUGCGAAAUGUAUCGACGGUAUCAAUCGGUACACGUGCCAGUGCGUGCCGGGAUAUACCGGGUUUCACUGCGAGACAAACAUCAACGAGUGUGCGUCGGAUCCGUGCGCUAAUGGAGGCGUUUGCAUGGAUCUGGUAAAUGGAUUCCGGUGCGAAUGUCCGCGCGGGUACUUCGAUGCACGGUGUCUGAGCGAUGUGGACGAGUGUGCGUCGAAUCCGUGCAUCAAUGGUGGCCGGUGCGAGGAUGGCGUCAACCAGUUCAUCUGUCACUGUCCGCCGGGAUACGGUGGGCGGCGUUGCGAGAUCGAUAUCGACGAGUGUGGUUCGAAUCCGUGCCAGCACGGUGGUAUCUGUCGUGAUGGGUUGAACGCGUACACCUGCCAGUGUAUGCCGGGGUACACGGGCCGCAACUGUGAGAUCAACAUCGAUGACUGCGUGAACAAUCCGUGCAGGAAUGGUGGCUCUUGCAUCGAUCUCGUAAACGGCUACAAGUGCGUGUGCCGUGGUCCAUUUACCGGGCGUGACUGCGAAUCGAAGAUGGAUCCGUGUCAGCCGAACCGAUGCCGGAAUGGAGCAAAGUGUUCACCGAGCCCGAACUAUCUUGAUUUUGCUUGCUCGUGCACCCUUGGAUAUACCGGUCGGUUGUGUGAUGAGGACAUCAACGAGUGUGCCCUGUCGUCACCUUGCCGGCAUGGUGCGACGUGUCGCAAUACGAACGGAUCGUACCACUGUAUCUGCGCGAAGGGAUACGAAGGUCGGGACUGUACGAUCAACACGGACGACUGUGCGUCGUUCCCGUGCCAGAAUGGAGGUACCUGCCUGGAUGGGAUUGGUGACUACACGUGCCUGUGCGUGGACGGGUUCGAAGGCAAGCACUGCGAGGUCGACAUCAACGAGUGUCUGUCGAUGCCGUGCCAGAACGGUGCGACCUGCAAUCAGUACGUGAACUCGUACACCUGCACCUGUCCGCUCGGUUUUAGCGGGAUGAACUGCCAAACGAACGAUGAAGACUGCACGGAAAGUUCGUGCAUGAACGGUGGUACCUGCAUCGACGGUAUCAACAGCUACAACUGUUCGUGCGAAACAGGCUACACCGGUUCGAACUGUCAGUAUCGCAUCAACAAGUGCGACUCACAGCCGUGCCGGAACGGUGCGACUUGCCACGAUUACGAGAACGACUACACGUGCCACUGUUCGUACGGAUACACGGGCAAGCAGUGCAUGGAUUACGUCGACUGGUGUACGCAGAAUCCGUGUGAAAACGGUGCAACAUGUACCCAGCAGGACAACACGUACCAUUGUGCGUGUGCUGCUGGUUGGACCGGGAAGUUGUGCGAUGUGGAGAUGGUGUCGUGUAAGGAUGCGGCUGCUAGGAAGGGCGUCGAUGCGAAGCAUCUCUGUCACAACGGAACGUGUGAAGAUUUUGGGAACUCGCAUCGGUGUCGGUGUGCACGUGGAUAUACGGGUUCGUACUGCCAUCAUGAGAUAAACGAGUGUGAAUCACAACCGUGCCGUAAUGGUGGCACGUGCAAGAAUCUGAUCGGUUCGUAUCGGUGCCAAUGUCGGGCUGGAUUCCAGGGCCAGAACUGUGAGCUAAACAUUGACGAAUGUAAGCCGAAUCCGUGCCGUAAUGGUGGCAUCUGUCACGAUUUGGUCAAUGGGUACAAGUGUUCCUGUCCACCAGGAACGAUCGGUGUGCUGUGCGAGAUCAACACGGACGACUGUACGCCUGGUGCAUGCCAUAAUAAUGGCAGCUGUGUAGAUAAGGUGGGUGGCUUUGAGUGUCGCUGUCCGCCAGGAUUUGUGGGCGCAAGAUGCGAGGGAGACAUCAACGAAUGUCUGUCGAACCCGUGCUCCAAUCCGGGUACGCUGGACUGCGUGCAGCUGGUAAAUGAUUAUCAUUGCAACUGUAAGCCAGGUCACAUGGGACGACACUGCGAGGUGAAGGUAGAUUUCUGUGCCAACAGUCCGUGCUUAAACGGUGGACAGUGUUCGACGCGUCAGUCCGGCCAUCAUUGUGUGUGCGCGGAUGGGUACUACGGCAAGAACUGUGAGUUUAGCGGACACGAUUGUGAUUCGAACCCGUGCGUUAAUGGACUGUGCCAGAUUGCGGAUGAUGGUGGUUAUCGGUGCGAUUGUCCGCUCGGUACGAGUGGCGUAAAUUGCGAGCUGGACAUCCUGGACGAGUGUGCUUCGGUACCGUGCGAAAAGGGUGCACCGUGCCAGAACAAGCUCGGUGACUUCGAGUGUCUCUGCCCGCCGAAGUGGAGCGGCAAGACGUGCAACACGUACGAUCCACACUAUCACGGCUGGUACGAUACGACACAGCAGCAGCAGCAGCAACGUCCACACAAGCAUGGCGGUGCGGCCUUGCCGAACAUUUACGCGAUCGAUUUGGAGUAUCAGAGGGCACAGUGCGUAAAGAAGGGCUGCCGGGAGAAGCAGGGCAACCAUCGGUGCGACGAGGAGUGCAACACGUAUGCAUGCGACUUCGAUGGUAAUGAUUGUUCGCUCGGCAUUAACCCGUGGCUCAACUGUACUGCCAGCAUCAACUGCUGGGAGGUGUUUAUGGACGGGUUCUGCAAUGAGGAGUGCAACAAUGCGGUCUGUCUGUUUGAUGGGCGCGACUGCGAGAAGAAGCUGCAACCGUGCAACCCGAUCUAUGAUGCAUACUGUCAGAAGCAUUAUGCGAACGGGUUCUGCGAUUACGGGUGCAACAAUGCGGAGUGUAACUGGGACGGGCUGGACUGCGAGAAUGAGAAGGAACCGGCCCAGCUGGCGGAAGGUGCCAUCUCGAUCAUACUGCUGAUGGAUGCGGCCACGUUCCGUGCGAACGCGAUUCAGUUUCUGCGCGAUCUUGGUCAUCAGCUGCGGACGACGGUGCGGAUAAAGAAGAAUGCGGCCGGGAUGGAGAUGAUCUACCCGUGGAAGGGUGGUACGGCACUGCAGGGCCUGACGGACAGUGAGUUCGGGCGUAAGCAUCACGUGGUGUACACGGAGACGCGACAGAUCGGUAUCCAGGUGUAUCUGGAGCUGGACAACAGGAAGUGUAUCGGUAUGAGUGGUGCGGAAUGCUUCGGAACGGCAAAUGAGGCGGCUGAGUUUUUGGCGGCCACUGCCUCGAAACACUCGCUAUCGAAACAGUUCCCGAUCUAUCAGGUGAAGGGUGUCAAUCCGGACGAUGAUGGGUUGCCGGGCGCAACGAAUGUGAAUUACGUGCUGGGUGGAUUCUUUGGACUGUUGGCACUGGCGUUCUUCAUUGUGCUGGUGGUGAAUCGUAAGCGUGCGCACGGCAUUACGUGGUUCCCGGAAGGGUUCUUUACUGCGAACACAAACGUACGACGGCCAUCUCGUCGUCGGCCCGAUGGUCAGGAAAUGCGUAACCUGAACAAGAACCCAUCCAUGGUGGAUAUGGUGGUGGCGAAUGGAGUCGGUGGACACGGGAGCGGUGCUGGAGGAGGACACGGUAUGAUGGGCCACGGACAGCAGUGGUGCAACAGUGACGACGAGUCGGAGAUGCCAACGGCUCGCAAACGUAUGCGCGCAAUCGAUCAGGGCUAUUCGAGCGACCACACCGCAAUUACGGAUUACGAGGAAACGGAACCACGCGUCUGGGCUCAGCAACACUUCGAGGCGGCGGAUAUCCGUGAUCAUCCAGCGAUGAUGACACCGCCAACGCACCACGAUGGUGAUGUGCGUGACGUGGAUGUGCGUGGACCGUGUGGCAUGACACCGCUCAUGGUCGCCGCCGUACGUGGUGGUGGGCUCGAUUCUGGCGAAGAUAUCGAUUCGACGGACGACUCGGCGGCCCAGAUCAUCUCGGAGCUGGUCGCGCAGGGUGCCGAACUGAAUGCCACAAUGGACAAGACUGGUGAAACAUCGCUCCAUCUAGCGGCACGGUAUGCGCGGGCCGAUGCAGCGAAACGGUUGCUGGAUGCGGGCGCAGAAGCAAACAGUCAGGAUAAUACUGGACGCACACCACUGCACGCGGCAGUUGCGGCUGAUGCAAUGGGUGUGUUCCAGAUACUGUUGCGCAACCGGGCAACAAACCUAAACGCCCGGAUGCACGACGGUACGACACCGUUAAUCCUGGCCGCACGACUUGCCAUCGAGGGCAUGGUGGAGGAUCUAAUACAGGCUGACGCUGACAUUAACGCGGCAGAUAAUAGCGGCAAAACGGCACUGCACUGGGCGUCGGCUGUGAACAAUGUGGACGCGGUGAACAUUUUACUUUCCCACGGUGCGAACCGUGACGCACAGGACGAUAAGGACGAAACACCACUGUUCCUAGCGGCACGGGAAGGUUCGUUCGAGGCGUGCCGUGCGCUGCUCGAUAACUUUGCCAACCGUGACAUCACCGAUCACAUGGAUCGGCUACCGCGUGACGUUGCCAGCGAACGGCUCCAUCACGAUAUUGUGCGCCUGCUGGACGAACACGUACCACGGUCGCCCCAGAUGGUCACAACGAUACCGUCCGGCAAUGGAGGUAGUGCGGCGAGCGGUCCCGGCAACACCAUCAUGUCACCGACGCACGCACACAUGAUCACUCACCCAACGAUAAUUGCGUCGGCCAAGCAGAGCAAGCAGAAGAAACAGCGCCAGCAGAAGAUGAAUGUCGGUGGUGUCGCAGGUUCAUCGGCGGCGGCGGCUGCAGCAGUCGCUGCUGCACAGGCCGCAGCCGUGGCAGCGAACAUGGGUUGUGGUGUUGGUGGAUUGACAUCCAGCCAAAACCCGACCAGUCCGCAGGACGGUGGAGCCGAUCUGGUGGCGGGCAGUAUGCGACGAAAAGCCGUAGCCAAGAAGUCGGGUAACAGCGCGGCGAACAAGAAAGCGACAAACUCUACCGGCGGUGGUGGGGGAAGCGGUGCGGGCGGUGGCACGCCUGGUCAUGGAGGACUGACCGAUCUGGGGCUGGCGGAUGAUCAGCUCAGUUCGGUAGAGUCACCAAUCGCUAACCUCAACAGCCCGUACGACUCGGUGAGUCUUUACUCGAACGCCAUGACCGUGCAUCAGCUCGACACGAUCAGCCCAAACAGUGGUAAUUCAGGAGGCGGUAAUGGUAUCAUGCCAAAGAAACCUCCCAGCUAUGAAGACUGCAUAAAGAGCGCACAGUCGAUGCAAUCGCUGCACAACAUUCAGCUCGAUAACUAUGGCUACUCGCUCGGAGGAAAUGUCACUGGCGGUGCAAAUCAGUUUUCCGAUCUGCUGAUGAGCCAACAGCGCUCGUUAAACAGUGGAGGCGGCGGUGGAGGUGGCGGUGGGGUUGGGUCCCUCGCAUCGAACGGUAUGUGUCCGACAGGAAAUAACCUAAUGCACACAGCCAUGCACACGAUGGGCGAGAGUGGGCUUAGUCCGCCGUACUCCAACCAAUCACCUCCUCACUCGGUACAGAGCAAUAUGGCGCUCUCGCCUCAAGGCUAUAUAGUGUCACCUGAUCACAACGCCUUUGCAGGUUCUCCCUCGCCCGCCAAAACACGCCCCAGCCUGCCAACCUCACCGACGCACAUCCAGGCGAUGAGGCAUGCGCAGCAGCAAAAGCACAACAUACAGAUGAUCUCCAGCGGCAAUCUGCAACAGCAGCAACAGCAGCAGCAGCAGCAGCAAGGUGCCAACAGCUUAAGCUGCAAUGGUGGAGGCCAACAGCAGCAGCAGCUGGGCGGAGGGUUAAGUAGUAGCAAUGGUGGCAACGGUGCAAACAACAACUCCACAUCCAACAGUGCAAUGCUGGCCGGUCUGCAAAUGAACUUCGUCAACGGUUCCAGCGGGCUCGAGCUGGCUGGAUUCUGCAGUCCAACUGGUCAAGGAUCUCAAGCAUCGACCUCUCAGAACACGACUGGCACGACCAGCACGGCGAUGACGGUAGCAUCGGCACAUCUCUCACCGCUGAGCCAACAACAGCAACAGCAAGUGUUGGCCAUGGUUGCUCAGCAGCAGGCCCAACUGAACAGUCAGCAGCAGCAAGCUCAUCAUCAACUUCAACAACAACAGCUGCAACAGCAGCAACAACAGCAACAGCAACAACAGCAACAGCAGCAGCAACAACAACAGCAACAGCAGCCACAGCAACAACAGCAACAACAAUCAUCCUUCUACCAAUAUCUGACACCACCGAGCCAGCACAGUGGCGGUGUGACGCCGCAGCAUCUCGUGCAGACGCUCGACAGCUACCCGACACCAUCGCCGGAAUCGCCCGGCCACUGGUCAAGUUCCUCGCCGCAUUCAACGUCCGACUGGUCCGAAGGCGUACAGUCACCGGCCAACAACGUGUACGUCACGAGUGCGGCCGGCCACCAGGCGAACAAGGGUUCGGAAGCGAUCUAUAUCUAAACCGAAGGGACGACAGU